AUGUCCGCACGGACUUCUAAAGAAACCUCAAGGGCCAAUCCGCAGAUGGCUCUUGAUCCCAAGUACGAUGACUAUGACUAUCCUACUACGGCUCCCGAAACCCAGUCUGGACAUCCCGGCCAUACAACGAAAGAGCAAGAUGCGCAGGUACAUCAGUUGCGAGCCAUGCUCGAGCAAGCAGGCUACUCUGAGCGACUGGAUACUUUGACUCUGCUCCGAUUCCUGCGAGCACGGAAGUUCAAUGUUCAGUUGGCUCAUGACAUGUUUACCGCGAACGAGAAAUGGCGAAAAGAAUUUGGAACAGAUGACUUGGUCCGGAACUUUGACUACAAGGAGAAGCCAGAAGUGUUCAAGUUUUAUCCUCAAUACUAUCACAAGACUGACAAGGAUGGCCGACCUGUCUACAUAGAACAAUACGGCAACAUCGACCUGAACGCCAUGUACAAAAUCACAACCGGCGACCGCAUGCUUCAGAACCUCGUCGUCGAAUAUGAAAAAGUCGCCGACCCACGACUCCCCGCCUGCUCCCGCAAAGCCGGCAAGCUGCUCGAAACCUGCUGCACAAUCAUGGACAUGAAAGGUGUAGGCGUAACGAAAAUCCCUUCUGUCUACGGCUACGUCAAGCAGGCUUCAGCCAUUUCACAAGACCACUACCCUGAAAGACUGGGCAAGCUAUACAUCACCAACGCGCCGUGGGGAUUCAGCAGUGUCUUCAGUGUGGUCAAGGGGUUCUUGGAUCCGGUCACGGUGAGCAAGAUCCACGUCUUGGGCAGUGGCUAUCAGAAAGAGCUCUUGUCACAGAUACCGAAGGAGAACCUGCCGAAGUCCUUUGGUGGCACGUGUGAUUGUCCUGGUGGAUGUGAGUACAGCGAUGCUGGCCCGUGGCAGGACAGCCAAUGGGUACGCGAGCCGAAGUGGAAGAGGACGCCUGCUCCAACGAAGGGUGGCGCUCCUGCUCAGUCGAUGGCACCACACGAAACACAUGGUGCUCAGGGUGCGGGUCGGCUUGAUGCUCCUGCUCAUGCAUAG